AUGACAACACAAGAAGUUCUCGAAAUGGAAAACACAACGGCGACACCUCAGAAGCUCCCCGAGGGUGAGACGCUCAAGUAUAUCCUUGCCUCCCUCAUCUUCACCCUCUUUGGCCUGCUCUUCAUUGUCGCCAUCGCAGCCGGCCAAGUCCGCAAACAGGCUCGCCACACUAUUAUCAGCGGAACCCGCUUGGUUGCCUUCGGAGUCGGUUACAUUGUUGUCGGUCUUGUUUACAUCCCCGUCCUUCUCCUCGACCAAGCCGAGAGAAACUACACGAAGAGAUCGUGGAGUGGUUGUCAGAUGCCGUCAUCACCACCAGAUCGCUAUAGCCACAGCCUCAGCUGCAGUAGAAACCGCAAUGAUAGCGAUGUGAGCGACUUGGACAUUGGGGAGCUGCGCCACUGUCUAGAACGGGGCAAAGGGAUUGAUGCAAAUAAACGUGGCUUGUGA